GUUCUGUUCCUACUUCUUCUUGCGUUUAGAUGUGCAGUGGUUAAAAACAUGUUCUGUGAAGGUAAGGAUGCGCUGAGGUUAAGGUUCAAAUCCCAGCUAAGCUAUUUUGGUCCCAAUAAUUUAAAUAAAAUUGUUAUCAAUAGUUGUUUUAUCAAACAAAGUGGCCAAAACACCAACUCUCAGCGUGAAAGCCACAGUGGUGCAGUGGUUAAACACAUGUUCUGUGAAGGUAAGGAUGCGCUGAGGUUAAGGUUCAAAUCCCAUCUCAGCAUUUUUGGUCCCAGUAAUUUAAAUAAAAUUGUUAUCAAUAGUUGUUUUAUCAAACAAAGUGGCCAAAACACCAACUCUCAGCGUGAAAGCCACAGUGGUGCAGUGGUUAAACACAUGUUCUGUGAAGGUAAGGAUGCGCUGAGGUUAAGGUUCAAAUCCCAUCUCAGCAUUUUUGGUCCCAAUAAUUUAAAUAAAAUUGUUAUCAAUAGUUGUUUUAUCAAACAAAGUGGCCAAAACACCAACUCUCAGCGUGAAAGCCACAGUGGUGCAGUGGUUAAACACAUGUUCUGUGAAGGUAAGGAUGCGCUGAGGUUAAGGUUCAAAUCCCAUCUCAGCAUUUUUGGUCCCAGUAAUUUAAAUAAAAUUGUUAUCAAUAGUUGUUUUAUCAAACAAAGUGGCCAAAACACCAACUCUCAAAGCGAAAGCCGCAGUGGUUCAGUGGUUAAACACAUGUUCUGUGAAGGUAAGGAUGCGCUGAGGUUAAGGUUCAAAUCCCAUCUCAGCAUUUUUGGUCCCAGUAAUUUAAAUAAAAUUGUUAUCAAUAGUUGUUUUAUCAAACAAAGUGGCCAAAACACCAAAUCUCAGCGUGAAAGCCACAGUGGUGCAGUGGUUAAACACAUGUUCUGUGAAGGUAAGGAUGCGCUGAGGUUAAGGUUCAAAUCCCAUCUCAGCAUUUUUGGUCCCCAUAAUUUAAAUAAAAUUGUUAUCAAUAGUUGUUAUAUCAAACAAAGUGGACAAAACACCAGUUCUCAGAGUGAAAACCACAGUGGUGCAGUGGUUAAAUACAUGUUCUGUGAAGGUAAGGGUGCGCUGAAGUUAAGGUUCAAAUCCCAGCUAAGCUAUUGGGUUCAAAUCUCACUUUAACUGCUUUAUUGGAAACUCU